UGUUUGAUAUCUGUUUCCCAAACAAAAAAAACUGAGCAAGUCAUGGCGCCCAACAGCCUUACACUCGCCCCACUUCCAUUAAAACCUCCCACACAAACCUCUCACUCACUCCCUUUACUUCCUUUCCGGACUCUCACUUCUCCGUAUCAUCCUCGCAACUUGAAGAGAAAGCCAACUUUAGCAGCUUCGGUGUCCCGCUCAAAUGCUGUUACCGAACAAGUUAUUCAAUCUCACACAAACCAAACUACCCUUUCUUCCUCCAAGCUUGUCCUCGUUGUUGGAGGAACCGGUGGCGUGGGUCAAUUGGUUGUAGCAUCACUGCUCGAUCGGAAUAUUAGAGCACGGCUUUUACUCCGUAAUCCGGAAAAGGCCAUCACUCUCUUUGGUGAGCAAGAUGAGGAAAAACUGCAGGUGCGGCAAGGUGACACGCGGAACCCAGAGGAUUUGGAUCCUUCAAUAUUUGAGGGUGUUACACAUGUUAUAUGCUGCACUGGAACAACAGCCUUUCCAUCUAAGAGAUGGGAUGGAGACAACACACCUGAAAGAACAGACUGGGAGGGUGUGAGAAAUCUUGUGUCAGCAGUGCCCUCAUCAGUGAAAAGAAUCAUUCUUGUUUCUUCGGUUGGAGUCACCAAGUUCAAUGAAAUUCCAUGGAGCAUCAUGAACCUUUUUGGUGUUCUAAAAUACAAGAAAAUGGGGGAGGACUUUGUUCGUAAUUCUGGCCUUCCAUAUACUAUAAUCAGACCUGGUAGGUUAACAGAUGGACCCUACACAUCUUAUGAUCUGAAUACUCUACUCCAGGCUACUGCUGGGGAACGCCGAGCAGUUGUUAUAGGCCAAGGGGAUAAACUUGUCGGGGAGGUAAGUAGACUUGUCGUAGCAGAAGCUUGUGUGCAGGCGUUGGACAUCGACUUCACUGAAGGCCAGAUCUACGAAAUCAACUCAGUCCAGGGGGAAGGACCUGGAAAGGAUCCCAGAAAGUGGGAACAGCUAUUCAAAGCUGCAACUUUAAACUGACCCAAUGCACAUAAACUUCAAAAGCCUGUGUAUAAAAAUUACCAAAGCGAAAAUGUAUCUUUCAGUCUCUUCUUUAGCUGUAUAGUACGUGCAAAACUAUUACGAUUGAAAAUCAUCAAGUACAAUAUUAUUUUUAUGGUCA